CAGCAUGUCGAGUGACUCCUCCAAGAAGCAGCCUUCGAAGAAGAGGUUGUUCGACCCUGUGUCCUUCGCGAAAGACCUGCUGGCCGGCGGGGUCGCGGCCGCCGUGUCAAAGACAGCGGUGGCACCCAUCGAGCGAGUGAAGCUGCUGCUGCAGGUGCAGGCGUCCUCCAAGCAGAUCAGUCCCGAGGCGCGCUACAAGGGCAUGGUGGACUGCCUGGUGCGCAUUCCCCGGGAGCAGGGUUUUUUAAGUUAUUGGCGUGGCAAUUUGGCAAAUGUUAUUCGAUACUUUCCAACACAAGCAUUAAACUUUGCUUUUAAGGACAAAUACAAACAACUAUUCAUGUCUGGAGUUAAUAAAGAAAAACAGUUCUGGAGGUGGUUUCUAGCAAACCUGGCUUCUGGAGGAGCUGCUGGAGCAACAUCUUUGUGUGUGGUGUAUCCACUAGAUUUUGCCAGAACCCGAUUAGGUGUUGAUAUUGGAAAAGGUCCUGAGCAACGGCAAUUCAAGGGUUUAGGGGACUGUAUAAUGAAAAUAGCGAAGUCAGAUGGAAUUAUUGGCCUAUACCAAGGAUUUGGUGUCUCCGUUCAGGGUAUCAUUGUUUACCGAGCCUCUUAUUUUGGAGCUUAUGACACCGUUAAGGGCUUAAUGCCAAAACCAAAGGAAACCCCAUUCCUUGUCUCUUUUAUCAUUGCUCAAAUUGUGACUACCUGCUCUGGAAUACUCUCCUAUCCCUUUGACACCGUUAGAAGACGUAUGAUGAUGCAGAGCGGUGAGUCCGAACGGCAAUAUAAAGGAACCAUAGACUGCUUUAUGAAAAUAUACCAUCAUGAAGGAACUGCUGCAUUCUUCCGUGGUGCCUUCUCCAACAUCCUUCGUGGUACAGGUGGUGCUUUGGUGUUGGUGUUAUAUGAUAAAAUCAAAGAAUUCCUCAAUAUUGAUAUUGGAGUUGGUUCAUCAGGAGAGUAAAUCGAGAAGUGCUUAUUUCUAAUGUACAAAAACAUGAUAAUUGCAUAGCUGCCAUUUUUAUAUAUUUUGAUAGUGUGUUACUACUGUCAGUGUCUCUUACAGUGUUUAUUUUGCAAUAAAGAAAAGACUUUUUCAAGAUUUUAGUAUUAAAAGUCAAAACAAAAUGGGUUAUCUUCCCACGUAGACCCAGAAUCAUUUAGUGAGGCAUUUUGUUAUAGGUAGUGUAUGUUACUUCUGUUGA